AUAAAGACUUGGAUCAGCUACUGCCUGCCUCUCAGACUCACUAUAACCAUGAGGAGCUGACAACUGUAUGUACUGUUGUUUUUCAGUUCUGUCCUGCAUGUAGAUAUUGUUUAUCUCAGAAUAACAGGAACUGACAUUAUCUAGUGCUCCCCAGUGAAAUAUAACCAGUCUGUCAUACAAGCCACAACAACUAAUAGGACUAUGAAGCGUUUUAAGACUAUAAGAGGAAAUUGUUGUCAUAUCACAUGCAAAGAAAAGAGAUGCCCUUUUAAUCUGCACUUGACAGGAAAUGCUGCAGCUAAUCCUAGGAGAGAAGAAAGGAACGGUCAUCUGUGAAUCUACUCAUUUAAAAGAUAAGAGCUCCAUUUCAAGCCAGCGCAGAGAGCCUGGCAAUAGACAGAUGAGCUUUGAAAAUUCAACAGCCACAGCAUGUUUAAAUGCAAAACCUGAUGGCAAAAGAAAACCCAAAGCAAUGGCAGCAUAUUAAGGAGGCUUGCAAUGGGAUGGGGUUGGAAAUAGUUCCUCUACCAGAAUACUAACUGCUAGAAAUCUGAUAGGUUCUGUCUUAUUUGUUUAUUUGCAGUCAGCAGAGCUUCUGAGUUUCUGUUCAUUGGAAGGAUUGACAUGUUUCAGCCCUGAUGUUUACAGUACUGUAAUGCCUGUCUGCAGUGGAAUUAAGACUCACUCAUUCUGCUCUGCACACUAACCCAACUCAUGUGUUGUACUACUAACAGGACUAGGAAUGAUUUAUGGUAACUUAUCUUCACUGUUCUUAUUUUACUUUAGGCAUUGGUCAGUGAUUGCGAAUCCUGUUACGUUUUUACACACCAUGCGCUGAGUUUCUGUGGCUCAUUGCAAACAUCCCGAGGUAACAAACCCAAGAACUUUAUGCUUCCUUAACUCCACUUACAGAGAUCACUUACAACACUUCGUACAGAAACCAGCACACUGUCUUUCACUUAAUGAAAGUGUAAAACAAGUGAUGUGACCGAAUAGAACGGUUUAGUUAAGAGAAAGGUUAAAGAUAAAUAAUUAAAAGCACAACUGGCUGUUCCAGAACACAGCUCCAAAGCCGAUGGAUGUAAAAGUGCAUUAAACUUUGCAUCUCUGAAUAGUCUGCAGGUCAGCAGGGGGGCAACCAAAAAACAGAUCCAUAAGCAUGAGGAAUUGAACUAUGAAUUACAGCAACAGGUAGGAAAGAAGCUUUUUUGUGCUGUCCUGCUGUACCCAGAAAGCUUUUCUUUCUAUCCAUAUCAGUAUGAUGCUAACAUGAGUACAAGAGCAGAAGUCUCAUGAGUCCAAAGGUGCACUCAGACUAAUUUCUGGCACUUAUGAACAAAGGAAUGUCCAUUCUUAAUGCUUGGUCAGAUAUCUGUGACACAGGGCUGAGAGCUGCCGAGGCUCCUGAGCCCAAUUAUAACACAAUACAUGCAGAGGCUGGGUUAAAGAAAGUUAAAGAAAGUUACAGUGGAUAAACACAGUGCAGAUACUGUGGAGAACUGGCAGCAUUUAGCACAGUGCCCAGCAGCUCUGACUUGUCAUGGCAGCUCUGAUGGAACAGAUGGAACUAAGGGCCUCACAUCUGUGUAGUUACCUUAACAACCAAAUUUGUAAUCACCUCCAAAAACAAAAUCAGGUUUGUGUGGCAUGACCUAUUUCACGUAACACCAUCUCGACUGGCAUUAAUUAUGUUCUCAUCCUUUAAUUCUUCAUUGCUCAAAUCCUGUAUCGACUUUCUGCUCUUUAACCUGAUAGCCUGACAUCCAUCCCUGCUCAAUCGCGUUGAUGUUACCUGGGUCAGUGCCUUCAAUCUCUUUCCCAUCUACCAUCCUCUUUCUACAUGCAAAAUAGUUAGGAUAUGUUGAAGGCACUUUAAACAUGGGUAUGUGGUUCUUUGUGUAAGGAGUGCACACAAAAAAUAGCUCCAUCUACCAAAAUCCAUGUGAAAUCUUUUCCUAUGAUUGAAGUUCCAUACAACCAAACCAACACAAAUACAUAUGCAUGAUGUGUACCUCAUUGCCUAUCAUUGUCUGUCUGUACUCACACAACCUGUACAUUUACCUACAUUUAAAACAGCUCAGAAAAGGAUAAAGCUAAGUAAUAUAUAUAAUUAGUAGCAAAAUCUUCUAUUCUGUUGUUAGGUCCAGCUGGAUGGCUGCUCUGAGUAUAGUCAGUGCUGUGCUUGUCCACAAGCUCCUUAAUUCCUGAGAAGCUCUGGUAGAAAUUAACCCAAAAUUAAAGACUGCACUGAAACAGAAAAUCUUUGGCUGAUCCUAAAUGAACAAUAAUUUAAUUACGUUAUACACAAAAUAGAAAAUUAGCCUAGGACACAAAGACACACGCAGCUGGUGAAGGAGAAAAUACUAUUCAGGGAUUACAUACGUGCUUAUUAGGACUGACAGCAUCACUCCUCCAACAGCCCAAAACAACCAUGCUGUUCAACCUCCCCACAUUCCUUGUGGCCAUGUUAUUUAUGUGUACAGCAGUGCAUCUCUCAUUUGUUGCACCUGCCAGGUAAUGAACAUCCUGAAUGAACCAAACUUCAAUAAAUUUUCCCCAAAACAGAAGGGUAGAAUUACUCAGAUGUGAUUCUGGAUGACUCCAUUUCCAUGCUAAUCUGACUGUCGUGACGUUGCUGCCCUAUGUAGCAAAUUAAUCAAUACCAACCUUUUAAAAGCAGCGGUUAGUUUAAAAGCCCAAGAGAAAGACCGACUGUUAACAUAAUUAGAUUUCCAGCUCCAGUUUCCAGGUUAGGAUAUUAUGGACACAUUUGUUCCUAUCACAUUUGCUUUGUGGUUUAGUAUGAAUUUUCAAUAGAUGGCUCUGCGAUAAGAAAGCAGCAAUUCAGAUGCAAUUAUAUAAAGUAAGAUCAGCCUGGAAUUAGGCUGGAGUGUAUAAAGCACACGGAGUUUGUGCUAGAUCACUGUCUCUCCCAGCUCCAGGCACAAUCAGGCUCCUCUAAUAGGGAAGAAUUCAGCUGACAAGAGGGAAACGACGGCUGGAAGAGACUAGAGGGUGAUUCCAGAUAUUUGUAGACACUGUCAUGUAGAAUUUGUAGUUUGGAAGAGAGAGAGCACACCCUGACAUUGUCCUGGAGCCAAGCAAAGCUUUGUUUGGGGACUCCUGAGCAGGCCUGGGAAACGAGCAUGAGUCCCUUCCUCAUGAUGUCUCUCCUCUUUGGCCUGACUUUUGGUCAAACAGCAUCAGUCUGUGCUCCGUCAGAGUACACAAUCCACGUGGAGAAACGGGAGUGUGCCUAUUGCCUGGCCAUCAACACCACAUCUGCGCCGGAUUCUGCAUGACGCCGGGACAGCAAUGGCAAGAAGCUGCUACUCAAAAGUGCUCUGUCCCAAAACGUGUGCACGUAUAAAGAGAUGCUGUAUCAAACAGCACUGAUUCCGGGCUGUCCUCAUCACACCAUCCCUUACUACUCCUACCCUGUGGCCAUAAGCUGCAAGUGUGGUAAAUGUAACACUGAUUACAGUGACUGCGUUCAUGAGAAGGUUAGGACAAACUACUGCACUAAGCCACAGAAGCUCUGUAACAUGUGAGCUCCCACCAGGACGUGGCAGAAAUGUAUCUCUCUGCUCACAACCGAGCACAAAUAAAACCGUAUUUCAUAACAGGUUUGCAAA